UCAAGCACCUGGAAGCCAGCCCACAGUCAGCUCGGCAACAAAUACCGCUGCCACUGGCACAGUGACCAACAGCGGUGCAACAAACAGUGCAGCAACUGUCUCCGCGGCAACAAACAGCGUAGCAACCAACAGCGGGGCAACCAACAGCGCAGCGACCAACAGCGGUGCAACAAACAGUGCAGCAACCGUCUCCUCCGCAACAAACAGCGCAGCGACCAACAGCGGUGCAACAAACAGUGCAGCAACCGUCUCCGCGGCAACAAACAGCGUAGCAACCAACAGCGGUGCAACCAUCAGCGCAGCGACCAACAGCGGUGCAACAAACAGUGCAGCAACCGUCUCCGCGGCAACAAACAGCGUAGCAACCAACAGCGGGGCAACCAACAGCGCAGCGACCAACAGCGGUGCAACAAACAGUGCAGCAACCGUCUCCUCCGCAACAAACAGCGCAGCGACCAACAGCGGUGCAACAAACAGUGCAGCAACCGUCUCCGCGGCAACAAACAGCGGUGCAACCAACAGCGCAGCGACCAACAGCGCAGCAACCGUCUCCUCCGCAACAAACAGCGCAGCGACCAACAGCGGUGCAACAAACAGUGCAGCAACCGUCUCCGCGGCAACAAACAGCGUAGCAACCAACAGCGGGGCAACCAACAGCGCAGCAACCAACAGCGGUGCAACAAACAGUGCAGCAACUGUCUCCGCUGCAACAAACAGCGUAGCAACCAACAGCGGGGCAACCAACAGCGCAGCGACCAACAGCGGUGCAACAAACAGUGCAGCAACCGUCUCCUCCGCAACAAACAGCGCAGCGACCAACAGCGGUGCAACAAACAGUGCAGCAACCGUCUCCGCGGCAACAAACAGCGUAGCAACCAACAGCGGUGCAACCAACAGCGCAGCGACCAACAGCGUGCAGGGACCAACAGCGCAGCAACCGUGUCUGCGGCAACCAGCAGCGCAGCAACCGUCUCUGUGGCAACAAACAGUGUAGCAACGAUCUCCACGGCGACAAACAGCGUAGCAACCAGCAGCGGGGCAACAAACAGCGUAGCAACCAACAGCGCAGCGACCAACAGCGCAGGAACCGUCUCCGCGGCAACCAACAGCGUAGCAACCAACAGCGCAGCAACUGUCUCCGCUGCAACAAACAGCGCAGCAACCGUCUCCGCGGCAACAAACAGCGUAGCAACCAACAGCGCAGCAACCGUCUCCGCGGCAACCAACAGCGCAGGGACCAACAGCGCAGCAACCGUCUCUGCGGCAACCAGCAGCGCAGCAACCGUCUCUGUGGCAACAAACAGCGCAGCAACCGUCUCCACAGCAACCAACAGCGCAGGGACUAGCAGCGCAGCGACUGUCUCCACUGCAACCAACAGCGCAGCAACCGUCUCCAUGGCAACCAACAGCGCAGCAACCGUCUUCACGGCAACCAACAGCGCAGGGACCAGCAGCGCAGCGACUGUCUCCACUGCAACCAACAGCGCAGCAACCGUCUCCACGGCAACAAACAGCGCAGGGACCAGCAGCGCAGCGACUGUCUCCACUGCAACCAACAGCCCAGCAACCGUCUCCAUGGCAACCAAUGUGGUACCCACCGAUAGCACAGCCAGUCCCAACACAGUGCCAACCACCAAUGACCCAGCCACUACCGCAACACCGGAAUCCGUUGCACAAGUGGCAAUCCGAAGAUCAGCAGAGACAGCGGUAGUGGCGUCCACAACUGCUGCAUCGACAGCAGCGUUAUUGGCCAGUUCAGCUGCGGAAGCAACUGCCGCGGCCUCAGGGGGGUCCUCACUAGCAGAAGCCGCUUCACAAGAGGCUAUGUCCGCUGCGGGCGGGGCGGCCAAUGCGGCGCAGGAGUUUGUGGAAGGCAAUAUCAACGCGCGCGAGGCCGCAGCCGCGGCGGCCAAUGCCGCCGCCGCAUCUGAAAACGCUGCAGCGACAGCAGAGGUAGCUGCGCAGGGAGCAAGCGGGAACUUGUCCACACUGGCACUCCAACUGUCCCAAGCAGCAGGAAAUGCAGCAACCAUCGCCAGGUCCGCCGCAAACACAUCCGCCUUAGCAGCCAACGUGAUGGGCCCGGAACUCACAGCAGAGCAGGCAAUGCGCAUCAUACGAGACGCCAGAAACGCCAGCGAACAGGCCGAGUCGGCAGCACAAGAACUCCGAGCUUUACUCAAUUCAGAAGACCUACCGCCAGAUGUCGAGGCAAGCGUCCGCCAAGCCAUCAUAGCGGCCGAGAGAUCGGCCGCAGUGGCAGAAGAAACGGCGGCUCAGGCGCAAGUUGCGCUCGACACGGCAGACCGAGCUGCGGCGCCCAGUGGAGGAGACACGGAAGCUGAGUUAGCCGGCCAAUUAGCGCUCCUCCAAAUCCAAACUGCAGCGCAAAGCGCAGGUGCAGCAGCAGAAGCUGUGCAAGUACCGACCGGAGCUGUCCAAGCUUCCAGACAAGCCUCCCUGGCAGCCGCAGCCGCGUCCCUCGCCGCCUCGGCUGCGGCCGUCACCGGGCAAGCCACCGGAGCUGAUCUCGAUGGUGUCAUCAACACCGCCUUGGAAAGCGCGGAGGCGGCAAAUCUUGCAGCCCAGUCGGUUGCCAAUGGAGACGCAGAGCCGCAGGUGGCCAGAGAUGCCGCGGCCAGAGCCGCGGACGCGGCAGAGGCGGUGGCCGAAGCGGCGCGAAAUGCCUCGUUGGCGGGAAGAAUCGAAGGGGAAGCGGCCCAGGUGUCCCUAGACGCGGCGGCGCUGGCCAGGCAGGCGGCGACGGCGGGACCCGAUGAAUUUGAGGACACUGCCGCACAGUUUGCAAACACAUCGAGAAAUGCUGCAGAAUUAUUUGGAAGUCAGCUGUCAUCUAUGCUGACUCCUGAAGUAUUUACAGCAGUUCAGGAGGCAGAGCAGGUGGCCUUGUUGGCAGAAGCUACAGGGGUCGUAGCAGGAAGUGCGAGCGACGCUGAAGGCGCAAGAGCCCUCACCAGAGCCGCAAACACAUUGGCACAAAGAGCUAUGGCGAUGGUGAGCAAUCUGCCGGAAGGAACGGCGCUGAGCUUGGCACAAGAUUCACUAGGAGUCAGCUUGACGGCCUCAGCCGCAGCGGUAACCGCCACGUGCUCGGCGGCUGCGGCCGCGGUCGGAGCAGAAUCGGCAGCCAGAGCCGCCUUGGACGCCGCAGAGGAUGCAGCGAGCGCCGCCACCUCACUGAGCAACGGUCAAGGCAGCCUGAGCUCCACAGUGGACGCUGGACUGGCAGCGUCCCUGGAAGCCAAUAACGCCGCCCAAGCGGCCAUGGCGGCAUCGCAAAACGGAUUGGCCUUGGACAUGGAGCUGGCCGGCCUGGCCGUCGAGGCGGCCCGAAUAGCGUCUACGGCGACUGAGUCGGCGCAAAGCGUGGCCUCGGCCGAUGCGACGACGCAAACCAUAGCGAACGCCCGCCAAGUGGCCAGACAAGUAGACGACGACUGGAGGAACUUGACGGCGCGGGUGCAGGGCAUGCUGACGAAUAAUCCACAGGGAGGCCUCGGGGGGCUUUUGAAUCAGCUGGCCUUGCUGAACGUAGCGUCCACAACGCAGGCGACCACCGAGGCCACCAGGCAAGUGGCAGACUUAGCCGUGACGACAACCACCACGACGGGCCCGCUCCUCAACGCCGAGACGGCCACCAUGCAAUCUCUGGCGAGAGUGGCAGCCUCCACUGCCAACUUGGCCGUGAGAGGAGCAGACAUCUCGCUGGGCAACUUUGUACAAACCAGUGGCGCCCGGCGCCCCUCACUCAGUGCCGCCACCGCCGCCGCCGCCACCGCCGCCCUGCUCGUGUUCAUGCUCUAAAAUCUGUUUUCAAUUUUGUAAAUGUGUACAUUGAGGGAAGAAAUGUAUCUGCUUGUCCUCGUGUUACGAUUUGUAUUUCAAAUGUGCUCGUCAUAUAUUCACUCGCAUUGGCCAAAGUGAACCGCAUUUGUCUGCCGGGACGCCAUCAUGAACGUCAGCGACCAUGACUGCAUGAGUUGUGCUUCCGCUACUUUUGGGACGCACUUGAAAGAACAUGUCGGAGUUGCGCGUCAGACCCGAUGAAGACAAGUGACGAGUUGGACUCGCCUCACACAUCAUCGUGAAGCCAAGCGCGGAGAGGAAAUGAUUGUGCGUGGCUUCCAAUAGGUGGAACGAGGGUGACGUGGCGCAGACGAACUGAUCCGUCCGUUCAUCCGUCUUCAUUGAUGGAACGCUGUUCCCUUCUUGGCUGGACACAAUAAAAGAGAAAUGAAUUCAA